UGCACACAGCAGCGAUACAUAGCUGUCUGUAGCGGCGACGAGGUCCAGCGUCUAGCACAGUGGAUCACGUCGUAUGGUGCGCUCAUUCAGAAGGCAGUGAUAGUUCUGACUGUAUUUCUUAUUUCUUCCUGACGUUCUUUCCAAUCCCCUUCAGGGAGGAGGAAAAUCCGUUGGAUGUCUGAAAACGGCUUUCCGUAUGGGUCCAUGACCCACCCAGAUGGGCAGCAACAUCCUCCUCCGCAGCGGGCUCCGCCUGGCGAUGGCGCCAGCGGCGGGGGCGGGAGUGGCAGUGGGAACGUUCAGCCGAUGAGCUUCCAGGAGGUGGCUGGUUGUGGAGCUGCCUUCACAAGCAGUAGCGAUCCGGCUGGCGUGAUGCUGCAGCAGCAUCAGAUCCAACUUGCACCGGCGACGACCCCAGCAGCCUCUGCCGCUGCCGCGGCGGCAGCGCCAGCAGUCGGCGCGCCCACUGCUUUCCUCCAUGGCGGUGUCCACAUCCCUCCGCUCCCCAACACACUGCUGAGCGGAAACGGCGGCAGCAACGGCAUCGGCGGCAUGAAUCCCGACCUCGGCGAGCACGUCUUCCCUGCUCAUCAGCUCUUUCACGCCGCUGCCGCUGCCGCCGCCGCUGCCCCUGGUGACGGCGGAGGCGGCGGCGGCCCGGGAGGUAUGCCCGCCCCGGGAAAAUCAGCAGCAUCGACGAUAUCGGAAGGGGUGGCGUCGGCGGUGACGGGCGGGUGGUUCAUCAGCGAGCCGGGAGCGGGAGGAGAGCCAGGAGCAGCGGGGGCCGGAGACCCCGUGGCGAUACCGGUGUCGCUCACCCCGCAGGAGCUCGCCGCUCGGAAGGAAAUGAUCAGCGCGGAGACGCGGAAGCAGCUCGGGGUGCUCCAGGACCUGAGGGCGAAGCACGCCGGCAAGAGGGGCCGAUACAACUCGGCCGACCAAAGAGUGAAGGACGACGCGGAGAGGGCUAUGGCCGACCUCCGGGUCAACAUCAUGCCGCACGAACGCCAGGCCAUGUCGAAACCCGUCGCCGACGGCGGCGCCAAGAGCGGCAAGAAGAGGAAGAAGUCCUCCAACGGAAAGGCGUCGAGGGCGGGGGAGGCUGCCUGCGGAGAUCCGUAUCUGGCCAACGGAUCUGGCUCCGCCAUGGGGGGCUGCUGGGAAGACGAGGAAGAGGACAAGGAAGACGACGACGACGACGACGACGACGAUGGGGACGGGGAAGGGGAGGGGGAGGAGGGGGAAGACGAGGGGGGGACGGGCGACCGCUCGAGAGAUUCGGCCACCAUUCCUCCUCACGCAAAGAAACGCCUCCAGCAGGUGGGAAAUAACGGGAUCGUCAAAAGAGCGCCCAAACGUUGGCGGCGUGGUCAGGCGUACUCCUGCGUGUUCUACCCCAAGGGACCCUCGGCGUCGGAAGCGAAGGCAGGGGCGGGGGCCGGGGGUGGGGCAACAGCAGCACCGGUGGGCGAGGCGAAAGGAAACGGGGUCGGCGGCGGCGGCGGCAGUGGGCUUCCGGCCCCGGUGAUCUACGUAGAGGCGCCUCACAUGUACUACCAAGGGAAGGUGCCCAAGAUGCCGCCGUGUCCGAGGCACGGCUGGCAGCCGGACGGCGAGGUCGAGUCGAAGGGGUGGACCAAAGGCCGGCGGGUAUCGGGCGUGCUGGAAGACGCCUUUCUGCUGGGCACGAAGCACGUGUGCAAGCUGUGUAAACAGAACCGGCUGGCGCUGGAGGAGAGCCUCAUGGCCUGCCCCGCCGCCGCUGACGACGCCGAGCGACGGCGGCGCAAGGAGAUCCUCCGCAAGAGCAGCUACGUCUUCCGCUCCUACGACCCGGAGGUGUCGAGGAUGUACGCGCAGCGUUACCCGUGGAUGGCCUCGCAGACGUCGUCCUUCGUCUUCACCAAGAAGAAGGCCAUGACGCACGAGCUCGCGCUGCUGCUUAGGCAGAUGCAGGGACCCGGCGCCCCAUCUGCGAAGUCGCCGCGGACGGCGGCGGAACGCGAGAUCCAGGUGCGCCAGGCCAUCGAGCGGGUUCGGCAGGCGCAAGUGGCUCUCGCCGCGGAGAUCGACGCCGAGCACCGCGCCGCCAUGCCGGCGCUUUCCCAACCGGCACAGGUUCCGCCGCCGCCACUGCCGGCGGCGCCAGCGCCGGCGGCACCGGUGGGACCAGGGCCGGUCGCAUCACCACCGUCAGCAUUACCCCCACAAGUGUCACCGGCGGCAGCGGCGGCGGCGGCGGCGGCGGCAGUGUGGGGGGCGGGGGGAGGGGCGGGGGCGCCGCCGCCGCCGCCGCCAAUGAUGCAGGCCCUCGCCGACUCUGCUACCCCGCCCGUUCCUGCCUUCGCCUCGAGCCCUUCCGGCGGCGUUGGGCAGCCGGGCGUCGGGGGGCUGGCCGGAGGAGGGCCGUUUCUUUCGCCUGUCUUGCACCUUCCUCAGCAGCAGCAACAGCAGCAUCAGCAGCAGGAAGAGCAGGGGUCUGCUAGAGCGCAACCGCUCCCGGCGGUGACCACGGCGAUGGCGCCCGCCUUCCCGUUCUUGCAAGUCGCCGCGGUCUUCCCCCCUCCGGCUGACGCGCCGCCGCCGUCGCCGACGGUGCCAGAACCACCGGCGGAAGCAGCAGCGGCGGCAAAGGCGACGGUGACGGCGGCGGCGGCGGCGGCGGUGGAGGCCGUCGCGCCGGGAAGGGGGUCGGACACCUUGCUGUCGCCGGUGCCGUCUCCUGAGUUCAGCAAUCUCGAGCCGGCGCCGAGCAUCGGCUCGGCGGACGUAGUUGGGGGAAGGUUGCGCCUGUGCACGCUUUGGUGGGCGUUUGCAGCUGAAGCUCAGUACUCGCGUCUGCUCUAG